UGACAGUGUAUGAAGCAGUACAUCCAGGUGAUGGUUAGAGAGGGCACUGUUCUUGCCCUGACCUGUCCAGAUGCCUCUUGUCCUAAACAGGGUACACUGGAAGCCUUUGAGGUGCAGAAACUUGUGGACCAAAAGCUGUAUGAUAGGUAUUGUAAGCUGAAGUUUGAACAAGAAGUUGAUCUGGACCCUAGGAGAACAUGGUGUCCUCAGGCGGGAUGUGAGACCAUCUGCCAUGUGUGCUCCAGAGACCCCUACCAGGCCUCUCCUGUCAAAUGUCCAAAGUGUGGCCUGAAUUUCUGCUCAAGGUGUAAAUUGAAGUGGCACACAGACCUGUCCUGUGAUGAGUUUGUCAAAAGUGGAGCUGGCUCUUCACUGGAUUUGGGAAUUCCGUUCCAAGCUGAUGAAGAUGCCAUAGUGAAGAGGUGUCCCCAUUGUCAUCUGCCUAUAGAGAGGGACGAGGGAUGUGCACAGAUGAUGUGUAAGAGAUGCCGACAUGUCUUCUGUUGGUACUGCCUUGCAUCUUUGGACGAUGACUUUCUGCUGAGGCAUUAUGACAAGGGUCCAUGCCGCAAAAAACUAGGACAUUCCAGGGCAUCCGUCAUUUGGUACAGGACACAGGUUGUCGGCCUGUUUGCUGGUUUUGGUAUCUUACUCCUCGUGGCCUCCCCAUUCCUCCUGCUGGCAGCACCCUGUCUGCUCUGUGGCAAGUGUGUGACCAGCAAGGCUUGUAAGUCAUGCUGCAGCGACGAAGUUCCAGACAACAACGUCGAACUCUGACAAACUUUGGCACGGGAAGAUGCUGCUACAUCCGUCAUGCAAAUCUCUGCACAUGAUCCUCAGCGGUGCAAUCAUUGUCGGGUCAAACUGACUGAAAUGUAUUCUUUGGUGUUUGGGGGAGAACAUUUAUCUUGCAAUAACCUUUUUUAUGUAAAUUUUACAAACAUGUAUCCAGAAGAAAGGGAGAAAAGUGUAAAAACAUUAUUAUAGUGAAUCUGCCAUGUAAAUUACAUG